AUGUAUUUUUCCACACAUAUGAAAACCAAUCUAGAAACGCAGAUCAAAGCUGGUCCAGAUCUUCGUGGUAUAGCGUGGCAUGGCUGGUGUCAAGCUGGAAUUAGUGCACAUUAUACCAAAGAUGGUUCAUUAUUAUUGUUAGGAGCAGUUGGCUCCAUCGCAUGGAGAGGCUAUUCUAUGAGUUCUGGAAAUUUUUAUUCAGAUGAUACAACAGAAGGAGUGACUGGAGCUCCACGUGCUAAACAUGUUGGUAAAGUGUUUGUGUAUGACUUACAAGAUUUUUCAGUUUUAAUUGAACUAGAAGGCCAACAGAUGGGUGCAUAUUUUGGCAGUUCUGUUUGUGUACUUGAUCUAAAUAAUGACGGUUUAUCAGAUUUGUUUGUUGGUGCUCCAUUGUAUGCAGAUAUUGUGGAAGAAGGACGAGUGUAUGUGUACAUCAACCAUGGACAGGGUGUAUUACAACCUUCCAAUGAACCACUGCAAGGAUCUAGUACUGCAUAUGGUAGAUUUGGUUCAGCUAUAGAACACAUCGGAGACAUUAACAUGGAUGGUUACAGAGAUGUUGCAAUCAGUGCUCCAUAUGAAGGAUCAGGUGUGGUUUAUAUAUACCAUGGUAGUCGGACAGGAGUUACAACCAAAUAUGCACAGGCUAUUAUUGGCGAGACAGUAGUUCCUGGUAUCCAGUCGUUUGGUAUAUCAAUAUCUGGAGGUUUGGAUAUGGACGGAAAUGCUUAUCAAGAUAUUGCUGUUGGUGCAUAUCUUAACAACACUGCUGUACUUUUUAGAACCCAACCUGUUAUCAAUGUGUUUCCAGAGUUACUCAUUGAACCAGAACAGAUAAAUCUUAACACAACCCAAUGUAUAUAUAAUAAUGAACUGGUCAAUUGUCUCAUAGUAUUGGUGUGCUUAAAGUACUCUGGUACAGCACUCCCAACACGAAUUGUUUUGUCAUACAGACUUGAAGUAGAAAAGUUCAAAAUAUCCAAUGGUCAGAAUUCAAGGGUUCAGUUUGUCUCCAAUGACACUGUCCUUGGCAAUACACUAGAAGACAGGAUUGUUUUGCGAUAUGGACAGAAGUAUUGUGAACCAUAUAAAGCCCUUUUGAAGAGUUCUAUAACAGACUUAUUGACGCCUAUUCAAGUUGAAUUAUCAUACGAGUUGAACACAAAUGACAGUAACAUUAGCAUAUGUGAUGAAUUAUGCCCAGUGUUAAAUGUAAAUAGAAUGAAAACAGUACAGAAAGAGGUAGCAUUUGUUCGUAAUUGUGGUCCUGACAAUGAAUGUAUAUCUGAUCUUCAACUUAAGGCUGCUUUUCAACUUCCAAGUGGAUAUACCACAUUUAUACCCCUGGGUGUUACAACACAGAUUAUAAUAGAUGUAACCAUUGGCAACCAGGGAGAGGAUGCACAUCAAACUAAAAUAAUGAUCAAUUACCCCAGCGUACUCAACUUCAUCAGAAUCGAAAGUGGCAGUUUGGGUAGUGUGAUUCAGUGUCUACCGGAUACUGACAUACUAGAUGAUCAAAUAUCUGGCCUGACUUGUCAUGUGGGAAACCCAAUGAUGUCAAAUUCAAAGGUCCGUAACAUGGGGCCAAGUAAUAUACCCUACAAUAGUCAAAUUAUUGUACACUUGCCGUGGAAGACACUGCAUGGAAAUUAUAUACUUUUUGUCAAUCACAUACAUGUGGAAGGAUCAGCUGGCAGCUGUCUUGCACAAGAUAUUUUUGAUGAGCAAGCCAUUGACACAGCUACAUGUGACACCAGAGUACUAGUUGACAUAGAACAAAUAACUGAAGAAGCUUUGGAUUGUAGUUUGGUACAGUGUGCAGUAUUUACAUGUUAUGUUGGACCAUUAGAUGUAAACGCAGCUACAGCAAUAGAAGUGUCUGCUACACUCAAGAAAUCAACUCUUAUGAAACUGAGCAGCAGUUCAUUUGUAGAUAUAAUCUCAUUAGCUAAUGUGUCUGUAGUGGUGACAUCAUUAGGACAGUUUAUACAGCCAGCCAAUCAACUACCAGAUACAGUACAGGUUGUGUCAACCAUAUUUCAUUCAUUGAACCAAGAGAAAAAGCAAGUUGCAGCAUGGAUCGUUAUAUUAAGCAUUAUUAUCGGAUUAUUGGCAUUGGGAAUAUUUAUUGUAGGACUUUGGAAGGUGGGUUUCUUUAAACGAAAAGAAAAAGAAGAACUCAGAAAAUUAUUAGAUGCCAGAGAUGAGGGUGAAGUAUCAGACUGGAAACUACCAAGUGAGAUUGAAAACUAA